AUGAGCCUCUCUUCUUUAAUCCGCUCUUCGGGAGCGGUCACAAAUCCAUUGAUCACACGUGGUUUCACGCAAAGAAUAUAUAACAAAAUACGUGUUUCACCAUUAACAACAAAUGCAAAUAUGGGUGAAAAUGUGCGUGUUGAAACAGACAGCUUUGGUCCUAUCUCAGUUCCUGCAGAUAAACUAUAUGGUGCUGUCACUGCUCGUAGUUUGUCUAAUUUCAAUAUCGGUGGAGAAAAUGAACGAAUGCCUGUUGCCUUAAUUAAAGCAUUUGGUAUUUUGAAAGCUGCUGCUGCUUCUGCAAAUCAGGAAUUUGGUCUUGAUCCUAAAAUUGCUGCUGCCAUUAAAGAUGCUGCAAUGGAAGUGAGCAGUGGCAGUUUGACAGAUCAUUUCCCUCUGGUCGUAUGGCAAACAGGUUCUGGUACACAAACGAAUAUGAAUGCAAAUGAAGUGAUCAGCAAUCGAGCCAUUGAAAAGUUGGGGGGACAGCUUGGUAGUAAGACUCCUGUACAUCCAAAUGAUCAUGUCAAUAUGAGUCAGAGUUCCAAUGACACAUUUCCCACAGCAAUGCAUAUUUCUGUUGCUCUUGAAAUCAACAAUUGCUUACUACCUGGAAUGCAGAAACUACAGGCUGCUCUGCAAACCAAGGCCACAGAAUUCAAAGACAUCAUCAAAAUUGGACGGACUCACACUCAAGAUGCUGUUCCACUUACCCUUGGCCAAGAGUUUAGUGCUUAUGUCCAACAGAUGACCAAUGGUAUUGAACGAGUUAAGGCAACAUUACCUAGGCUUUAUGAAUUAGCCAUUGGUGGAACAGCUGUUGGUACUGGAAUCAAUACAAGAAUUGGAUUUGCUGAGAAAGUGGCUGAAAAUGUUGCUGAAAUAACUGGUUUGCCAUUCACUCCAGCUCCCAAUAAAUUUGAAGCCCUGGCAGCACAUGAUGCUCUGGUUGAAGUCCAUGGUGCCCUGAAUGUUAUUGCUUGUAGCUUGAUGAAAAUAGCCAAUGAUCUCCGUUUUCUUGGUUCUGGUCCUCGCUGUGGACUUGGAGAACUUUCAUUACCUGAGAAUGAGCCAGGCAGCAGUAUUAUGCCAGGUAAAGUCAACCCAACUCAGUGUGAAGCAAUCACAAUGGUGGCAGCUCAAGUCAUGGGCAACCAAGUUGCUGUCAGCGUUGGAGGAAGCAAUGGUCAUUUUGAACUAAAUGUUUUCAAACCUCUCAUCGUCCGUAAUGUUUUGCAGUCAACGCGAUUGAUUGGAGAUGCCUGUGUUUCCUUUGCAGACAACUGUGUAGCUGGCAUCCAACCUAACCGGAAACGUCUUGCCACUAUCAUGAAUGAAUCUUUGAUGUUGGUCACAGCCCUUAACCCCCAUAUUGGCUAUGAUAAUGCUGCUAAAAUUGCCAAACUGGCUCACAAGGAAGGCACUACAUUGAAGGAAGCAGCACUCAAACUUAAUUUAUUGACGGAAAAACAAUUCAAUGAGAUUGUGAGACCAGAAAAAAUGUUAGGGCCAAAGUAA